AGCAUAUGAUGUGUUUAAAAGCAUCGCGUGUUCACGAUCACAAGACAGUUGGAGCUCCGGAGUCCGUUUUCUUCAGACUUAGCGUCCCUGGCAUCAUACUUGAGGUGCUUCCGUCCGUGUAGCAGAUUACCGGGCUGUGAUGGAGCGCUGGCGGGGCAGAGUGGCUCUGGUGACCGGAGCCUCGGUCGGGAUUGGGGCGACUAUAGCCGUGGAACUGGUCCGGCUCGGUAUGAAAGUAAUGGGCUGCGCCAGGGACAUAGGAAAAAUCCAGAAACUGGCAGCAGAGUGUCAGAGCGCCGGCCACCCUGGUGUUUUGGUUCCUUUCAAGUGUGACUUGAGCAAAGAGGAGGAGAUUCUGGCCAUGUUUGCAGCGAUCAAAGAGCAGCACAAAGGCGUGGACGUGUGCAUCAACAACGCUGGCUUGGCUCAUCCAGACCUGCUGCUAAAUGGCAAAACCAGUGGCUGGAAGAACAUGAUGGAUGUGAACGUUCUUGCUCUGAGUAUCUGCACACGUGAAGCUUAUCAGUCAAUGAAAGAGAGAAAUGUUGACGAUGGCCACAUCAUAAACAUAAACAGCAUGUGCGGACAUCGUGUAGUUCCCAAAGCUGUUCUGCAUUUCUACACCGCCACAAAGUAUGCUGUAACCGCCCUGACGGAGGGCCUGAGGCAGGAGCUGCGUGCAGAAAACAGCCAUAUCCGAGCCACAUGUAUAUCUCCUGGUUUAGUGGAGACAGAAUUUGCUUUCCGGCUCUACAGCAACAGUCCUGAUAAAGCAUCUGGUGCAUAUUCUGCAUAUAAGCCUCUGGAAGCAAUAGAUGUUGCCAAUGCUGUUACAUACGUGCUCAGUGCGCCUGCUCACGUUCAGAUUGGAGAUGUUCAGAUGCAAGGCACGGAGCAAGCUUAGGGUUGACCUACAUGAUCCCCCUGAAUUAACCUACUUCCUUACUACACUUAUGAAAAUGAUGAGUCGUGAUAUGGUCAUGAAACAGUUUUGUUUAUGAUGUUUGUCCUUAAAGUUUUCACUGAUUUAUAAAAUAAAAUGUUUUUGUGG